UCCGCCCUUCCGGCCCCGAGUUCCAUCCACCGCCUCCCUCUUCCGCCCCGCGCCGGUUAUCGGCGCGACCGUCGCCGCGUUGCGUCGUCGCGCUGCCCUUGCGGCUCCCGAGCCCGCAAUGUCGGGCCCCAACGGGGACCUGGGCGUGCCGGUGGAGGCAGGUGCGGAAGGCGAGGACGACGGCUUCGGGGAAGCAGAAUACGCUGCCAUCAACUCCAUGUUGGACCAGAUCAACUCCUGUCUGGACCACCUGGAGGAGAAGAAUGACCACCUCCACGCCCGCCUCCAGGAGCUGCUUGAAUCCAACCGGCAGACGCGCCUUGAGUUCCAGCAGCAGCUCGGGGAGGCCCCCAGCGAUGCCAGCCCCUAGGCUCUGGGAGCCCCCGGCCAGGCUCUGGCCUGAGCACUUGCCACCUGGCUUAGAUACCUUCUCAAGGGCUGGCCUACAGAUUUCUUUGGGGGGGGGGGGGUGUCUGCCGGCCUAGGCCACUCUUCUGGUACUUCCCUUGGCGUACCUAGGCCCGCCCCACCUCCCGGCACCCCCUCCUCAGGGCUUCCUCCCGACUGCUGGCCAGGUGUGGGCCCGCGACCCACCCUCCCUGCCUGCCCGCCCAACUCCUGGACGCUCCCCACGCUGCCCAGGCCUGAGCGUCCACAUUAAACUGGUCUCCAACACCACUGCGCCCCCUCUCUCCUCUGUAUCCCGGGAUGAGGACCCCAGUGGCCUCCGGAGGUAAACGGCAGUGGAGGCAUCCCAGGCAUAGAUCACACACCGGCUCACAGGCGUGGUGGUGGGGCCGGGCUUCCUGGCCUUCUUGUAUUUCUGGACACAGAGGUGCAGGUGAGGUCAGGGCUUCCUCCCCACCGGGUGUGCUCCUGGCCAGCGGCUGCCUCCCCAGCCCGGCUGAGACAGCGUCGGCCAUGCUGCGUGACCCUGUGUGAUGUGCUCAGCUUCUCUGGGUUCUAGGGCCUUUCGCUGAGACAACCAACACCAAGACAUGCUGUGCAAUAUGUAUAAAAUAGAUAACUAAUAAGAACCUGCUGUGUAAAAAUAAAUAAAUAAAAUUCAAAAAAA